UGCUUCACAGGUGUAACUGCACAGGGAAACCUUGCAGGAAGUAUGGUUUGAUUGGGGGGGCAUUUAUAAUUCUCGCCUAGGUCUGCUUAGCCCUCUGAUCUGGCUCCUGGCUUCCUUUGCAAAGUCUGGUUCUCACCUCUGCAAGGGAGCCCAGGAGAGGGUGUCACAGCUCCUGUGAGCCAGCACACCUGCCUCACCUGCUGGCAUUGGAGCCUUUAGAAGCAGACCCUGGGCAGAUGUUGGUUCUUUCCUGGAUCAAGGUCCACUGUUUGAUUUGCACAGCAGGACUCAGGGAGAGGAGUACUGUGGUUGUGGGCAGUGUGUCUGAAGUAAAGAAACUGAAUCGUAAGCCCCCUGAGGUUUUUCUUUUUAAAGAAUGAGUUAUUUCUGAUAGAGCAGUACUAGAAAUCAAGAAGGAAAUGAAGUGAAUUUGGGUUUUUCUCAAAUUCCUCUCCAGUCUUUCUCUCCUCACAUGUUGUUUAUGUGAUUACAUAUUAUUUACAUGCUACUUAUUAAGUAAAUACAAUUUUGUAUUCUACUGCUUUUUAUUUAAUUGCAUAUUACAGGGUUUUGAGGGCCAGUGACAGGGCAACAACCAAUAAUCCCAACAGGAUCUGAUUCAGUUUUUCACCUUCCAUCUGGGAACAGGAUGCAUCUUUCCAUUUGUUCUGUUCUUAGCAUUUUUAUCACUGGUCCUUUACUUUAUGUUUUAAAGCAAAUUCAUAAUUAUUUUAUAGUUUUGUUUGUUUGCUAUUGGAAAUGGUAUAUUCCCCACUCCAUUUAUAAUGAUAAUCAUCUAUAAAUGUCCCAAAUUAUGCAUGUUUUACAGCAGUUUUCAAAGCAAUAUAGGGAUAGGAGGGAAUCAGUAGUUUUUAGACAAUAUUCUGUUAAACUGAUUUAUUUUAGUAGGGUUUUUCCAACUUCAUUAAGACGGACUUAAACCUGAUAUGAUAUAGAAGUUUGCUUUAAUCAAAGCUCAGAAAAUGAUUUUCAUGUGCUUUUUCCUAACCUUGAAGAAUAACUGUUUGGUAACACGUGUGUUGGCUACAGAACAGACAAGAAGGAAUCAGUAUACGUGCCAUUUGAGUAGCCUACAUCCAUGCUUCUGUUUACCACGAGGGCUGUGCAUUAGCAUUAGCUAAUCUGGUCAUGAUGCCAGCUUCCCAGUAGCAAAAAAGGUCAGACUCAUAGGCAUGCUCAGUUCUUUCCACACUGUGCAGGCUCCCUCGUGGCAGGGACAAAGAACACACCUUUGGCAUGUCUCAGGUUCAUAAAUCUCAGCAGAAGGCCUCCAUCUGUUCUCUUGUUGGGUGCGCAUGCCUGCUGUGGUCCGUGGGGUCAGGACAUGUGUUAGGGAGUACAGGGGCAUCAUCUGGUCGGUGGAGGCAGUGAGCACUCAGAACAAUAGUCUCCUCGCUGAGUAAGUCAGGGCUACUCUUCUCAUGGAGUUAAAAAUACAUGACAUGUCCUUGGAUGCAGCAGCACAGGACAGUGGAUCAUCAUGAGGUCGUCUGGGGAGAGAGGAGAGCUGGUUUCUGAAAAUAGGUCUGAUCAUAGUCUAUCUCAGCUGUGUUUUCUGAAAAUAGGUCUUGUGUAGUCUUAUCUUUCCAAGAUUUUAUUUUUGCCAACCCUCAAAUCUGCCUCCUUGAAUUACCUUAAAGAGGCAUGCUCAUGCGUGCACUGCCUGAGAUGCCUGGAGAGCGCACUUAUCCCCCUUCACUUGGUGGAUACCCCAUGUUUGCACUCUGAGCAGAGGUAGAUGCUCUCUCAUCUCCCCCUUGAGCACACACCUCUUUCCAGUAGUGCUUGUCUUGGACUUCGAAUGAGUUUAUUCACCAGUGUAUAAUCUCCAGCAUGUAGCACAUGUGACAGGUCACCAGUGUGUAUUUGCAGGGUGGAGUCAGAGCUGCUCUCCUGCUGCCGCUGUGCAUGGCAAGGGCUGCUGGAGGACGGGCUGUGGGGCCGGGGUGCCCUGCCCUGCCAGGCUUCUGCUGCCCUGGGAGGGGAGUGCACCCCGAGCCCACAGUGAGACGGUGCCAAGUAGCCCCAGAUCGUCUGGUAGAGUCAAGUUCCUUAAGAAAAGCCAUUGAAACAGUGUAUGCAGCAUAUUUGCCCAAAAACACACACCCGUUCCUGUACCUCAGCUUAGAAAUCAGCCCCCAGAAUGUGGAUGUCAACGUGCACCCGACGAAGCACGAAGUUCACUUCCUGCACGAGGACAGCAUCCUGGAGCGGGUGCAGCGGCACAUUGAGAGCAGGCUGCUGGGUGCCAACUCCUCCCGCAUGUACUUCACCCAGACUUUACUACCAGGUCUGGCUGGCCCCUCUGGGGAGGUGGUUAAAUCCACAGCGGGUGUGACUCCCACAUCUUCUGGAAGUGGUGACAAGGUUUAUGCCCACCAGAUGGUCCGCACGGAUUCCCGGGAGCAGAAACUGGAUGCCUUUCUGCAGCCUGUGAGCAAGGCUCCAUCUAGUCAGCCACAGGCUGUUGUCCCAGAGAACAGGACAGAUGCUUCUAGUGGCAGCACCAGGCAGCAAGAUGAGGAAAUGCUUGAACUUCCAGGGCCUGCUGAAGUGGCUGCCGAGAAUCAGGGCUUAGAAGGGGACACAACAAAGAUGACUUCAGAAAUGUCAGAGGGGAAAGGGUCCCCAUCCAACCCCAGCAACCCCAGAAAGAGACAGCGAGAAGGCUCUGAUGUGGAAAUGGUGGAAGAUGGUUCCCGGAAGGAGAUGACAGCAGCUUGUACCCCCCGGAGAAGGAUCAUUAACCUCACUAGUGUUCUGAGUCUCCAGGAAGAAAUUAAUGGGCGGGGCCAUGAGACUCUCCGGGAAAUGCUGCGUAACCACUCCUUUGUGGGCUGUGUGAAUCCUCAGUGGGCCUUGGCGCAGCAUCAGACCAAGUUAUACCUCCUCAACACCACCAAACUCAGUGAAGAAUUGUUCUACCAGAUACUCAUUUAUGAUUUUGCCAAUUUUGGUGUUCUGAGAUUAUCGGAGCCUGCACCACUCUUUGACCUCGCCAUGCUUGCCUUAGACAGUCCUGAGAGUGGCUGGACGGAGGAAGAUGGUCCCAAAGAAGGACUUGCUGAAUACAUUGUUGAGUUUCUGAAGAAGAAGGCUGAGAUGCUUGCCGACUACUUCUCUUUGGAAAUCGAGGAAGGGAACCUGAUUGGAUUACCCCUGCUGAUUGACAACUAUGUGCCCCCUUUGGAGGGUCUGCCUGUCUUCAUUCUUCGGUUAGCCACUGAGGUGAAUUGGGAUGAAGAAAAGGAAUGUUUUGAAAGCCUCAGUAAAGAAUGUGCUAUGUUUUACUCCAUCCGGAAGCAGUAUGUGUGUGAGGAGUCCACCCUCUCAGGCCAGCAGAGUGAGCAGCCUGGCACCACUCCGAACCCCUGGAAGUGGACCGUGGAACAUGUCGUCUAUAAAGCCUUCCGCUCAUACCUUCUGCCUCCUAAACACUUCACGGAGGAUGGUAAUAUUCUGCAGCUUGCCAACUUGCCUGAUCUGUACAAAGUCUUUGAGAGGUGCUAAAUAGUCAUUUAUGGGCUCUGGGCUGUGUUCUUCCUUUGCAUCCUGAUGUUGGUAGGUCUUACGGUUGGAGACUCAAAUUUGUCUUCUGACUGUUCUAAGUAGCAUUCUUAGUGUGUGGCAGAUUGACUGUAAAUAAAUAGUUGUGUCCUAACAUGA